AUGAGAGGAACCUUCGCGCUCCGGGCUCGCCAAGUCAUGAGCUGUCGCCGUCGGCUCCUCGCGACGCGACCAGAACAGCCCGCCCGCCCGUUGGACUCUCAAAAGGGUGUGAUGCAAUUCAUCGACGGCGAAGGCGGCGCGGGAGCCUCUCGCAACGGCCGUGCGUGGCGCACGUCCGAGCUGCGUCUUAAGUCGUACGACGACCUGCACCGCCUGUGGUUUAUUCUCCUCAAGGAGCGCAACAUAUUACUGACAGAGAAGGAGUGGUGCCGAUCGCACGGCCGCCACUGGGUCAACGGCCAGUCCAAUUUGUACAAGGUGAAGAGAUCCAUGGCAAGGAUCAAGGGCGUCGUGGGGGAAAGGCUCCGCGCUUUCAGGGCGAAGAAGGGUAGAGACGCCAUGGUGAAGGAGAGCGAUGCACCGCGCGGCUUGGCCGAUGCUCUCGGAGAGCCGACCGCCCAUGGCCCAGAGGGUGUUGUCACGAGAACUCCCUGA